AUGUUAUGUCAUCAAGCAGCAGAAAUGGCCACAGUUUCAGAAAACGAAUCAGCUAAUGCAUCGAUUGAAAACACAGAAUGGAACGAUAUCACAGGUGAAUCAGCAACAGCAUUAGUUCCACGCAAAGUUAUACUCGAUGUUGAAGGUGAAAAAUUUCAUACCAGUGUUGAGACAUUAACACGUACAGAAAAUACUUUUUUCACAGAACUUUUCUCUAAGUAA